AUGACGACGACCUCAUCGCUCUCGUCGUCCUUGGCUCUGGUGGCGGUAGUGCCGUCAGCCACAGUCUCGGCGACGCCAAUCCGCGUGCUGCUGCGCGACAGCAUCGACGGCUCGUCCGACUUCUUCCCCUUCAACGACAUUGCGACCCUCACCUCGGGCACCGACUCGACCGUCACCUUCAAGGACCUCUUCACCACCAGCAUCGAGGGCGGCCAGGAGAUUUUGCUCUUCCACUCGGGCUGCGAAGUCGACGGCGUGGCGGACUGCACGCUCGCUUGCAACACCUCCCAGCACUUCUUCAGCUCCCUCGAGACAUUUUACAACUGUGCGGCUCUCGCCUCAAUUGCCUACUGGACCCAAGAUGCUGGUUUUUACUAUGUUAGCGACGAGGCAGAGCGCAAUGCCAGUUCCAUAAUGGGCUCUGGUACCCUGUCCAGCUUCCAUUCGGUCCCGGUGCUCGAGUCUCUCGUCACUUGUGCUCAGGAUGCUUGUGAACACGAUGGAUUGAGUAAGGCCUGCGACUCCUCAAUCGACCGCCUCUCCAAAACAUCCAGCGCGCAGCAGAUUUUCGACGCCAUGGAUAGCUUCUGCCCGGAUUUAGCUGCCGAGAUCAACCCCGACAUCUUCGGACCAGGUGUCCUCAUCUCGUAUGUCCUGCAGGUCUGCUUCGCCGCCUCGCUGUACAUCCUCACCAAGGGCUUCACCCUCUGGGUCCGCGUCACCCAGGGCGAAAAGGGCAAAGCCAAGCCCAAGGCGAAUGAACUCCAGCGCAGUCUAACACGCAUUGAGUCGAUGAUCUGGCGCGACACGGGCGGCAUGUCGCGUACCAGCAUCGCCAUCGCCACGACCCUGGUCGAGUUCCAGGAAGCCCAAUGCUGGUUCGUCUUUGCCGUCCAGAUUGCCUCCAUCCUUGCCAUCGUCGUCAACUCCCAGGAGGGUGCCUUUUGGGGGGAGAUUGUCGUCAACGCAGCCGUGGCUUAUCACGUCAGCCAGAAUGGCGUGCUGCCCAUGUUCCUCAUCCAGAUCUGCCUCCAUCACGAGGGCAUUCGGAACUGGCACACGUUCCUGGGCUUCUUCGUAGAAUACCUGCUCGCCGUUGUCGCGACGACGCAAAAGAUCUAUUUUAAAGAUGCGUUUAAGCUGUUUAGCGACCAGAGCCGGUUGAAGGGCUGUGGCUACAACCCAAGUCCACGAACCUAUUGUGCUGCAACCGCCGGUGUCGAUGGCCUGCAUUUCAGCUUCUUCCCCAACCCACUUCUCUAUAAAAUGGUCUUCCUAUGCCUCGACACCAUCGCCAUUCUCGUGUUGAUCGUCGAUCAGUUCGCUUGGACGAUACGAAAACAUCAUGUCGCACAACACAUGCGCAUUGGAACGUAUCGCAUCGGUCGGUUCCCAUCGUGGGGAAGGAGACGACGGGGUCUCAUUUUGAAGCGCUGGUUCUGGCGAAUCUUGGAGGUGGCAUAUCUCGUGGUUAAUAUUUUGUACAUGAUUUCACUCACCAAGGUCAUCACAGCCGAGAGCUUUGCUGCGAAUAAGUGGUCUUACGGUCAAAUUAUUGCUGUCACGGUUUGGGGUCCCGUCAUCGUCAAAUUGUUUGAUCUUUUGCUCUCCGGGCCACCCAAGAAUGGCAUGAAACUCAACUCCGGCCCGCCUCGGCUGCGUAUCGACAACAUCAUCAACCGCAGAGUGGGAACAUCUGCGGACGAGGUCUGUGAAUUAUCUGAUGAAACAGGUAACCGAGAUUCGACGGACCCCAUUGUUCGACGGAUCCGGUCGUCCGGUCGUCCAUUGCCAGCGGCGCAUACGGACGACGUGGUAUGA